AUGGAGACCAGAGAUAAACAGGGAUCUGACAGGAAGCAGAACUUGUCCCCUGCAGGCUCAGUAUCUUGUGAUAAAAGCCAGCAGAGGCUGUGGAGAGUAUGCAAUGGUUUAAUAGCUGUGUUUUUUGGCCUGGCAGCCUAUGUGCAAGUAAGUAUAUUGUAGCUGGCAGGAUAGUGGAUACAUUGAGCUACAUUUGCAGAAAAGUAACACAAUGCUGGUGAAAUAUUAACCCUUUCAUGGCCAGAUUAUAAAAAACUGCUCACCUUAAGAGGGGCAGGUAAACCUCUGGUUCUGUGUAAAUGUGGACCGAUCACAUUCUUGACCAUCUAGUACAGGCUUCCCCAAACUCCGGCUCUCCAGAUGUUGCUGAACUACAACUCCCAUGAUUCUCGGUCUAUCUAUUUCAUUCAUAGAAUUAUGGGAGUUGUAGCUCAGCAACAUCUGGAGGGCCGGCGUUUGGGGAAGCCUGAGAUUCUAGUAGAACUGCCACUUCUCAGGCUUUUUAAGAUUUCGUUUACUUAUCCCUAAACUAAACAAAUAUGUAUUGGCAGGGGGGUAGCUGGGAUUACAUGCAAAUCUUUAUCCUGCAGCUGGCUGCAUCUAUCUCGGCUCUGUGUCAAUCAUUAUUAUCAGGGUAGUACCCUAAAGUGAGAAUUCAAAGUAAAUUUAAAGAGAAUUUCAAAUUUAAGGCCAGAGCGGCCAGCUGAAAGCAUAGCUGACUUAGAUAAUUGUUUUCCAGUUAAGCUUUUGACCUUAAAUUCCCAUUUUAGUUGUUGUCUUGUAGUACAUAGCAAUCAUAUGCUGCAGGAAGGGAAUCCGUUAACCUACCAAGGUAUUUCUUUGAGAUUCCUUCUUUAAUUAAAGGCAUGCUUUACAAGAUUAACCCUAUUAGCUAAUAAAUGGUAUAAAUGAUGCAGUAAAAAAGUAUGAUACUCCUAUUUAAAGCGGGUCUGUCAACGUCUGGGGUCUUUGCAUAGUUUGCAAGGACCUCCGAUGUCGACUGCUCCGCUGUGUCCAGGGGCCGCGGUGUGCAGGGAAUGGUGAGUUAUUCUUACUGAAUCUGCCCAUCGUGGCUUCCGCCAUGGUUUCCCUGCUGGUCCUCUUUAGCUGAGGCAUGUGCAAGAGUACAACAUAGUACAACACGGGAUCUUCCAUAGAUAGAACUCCUUUCCCUGACAGUCGGGGAAAAUGUCAAAAAUUGACAAAAGGUAUCUCCACUCAUGAGUCAGCUGGUCUUACUCACAAACCUCAGAUUAACAAGAAUUUUUGGUAUAAGUAGUUUAUCACAUUGAGAGGAACUACGCCAUUAACAAUUUAUACACAGUCCUCCGGUUCACAGGACUGUGAAUAAGGCUUUUCGCAGUGAUAUUCACAGCCACCGAACUUUUUCGAUUUUGGCAGGACAGCCUCUGUCUAACAAUCCUGCCCUACCAUCGCAGGUUUUUCCCUGGUGUCCAGUAAAGCGUAAUUAGAUGCACUUGCACAGUUUUGGGGGCACUAAGACCGUGCAGAGGGCGCCUCAGCAGUGCCCUCUGCAAGCUCUGCCAUAAUUGGGGCGCCUGUACGUACACCCGAAGUGUGUUUUUCCCGCAUGCUGGCGAGCCUGCCUCCUUUCUGGUCUGGCCUCCCAAGUUUUGGGCAAUGACCUCCAGGGAGUGCAGACCACAUCAAAAUUAAUAAGAAGAAAUCACUGAAUAUGUGCCUAUUUAAAUCCUCACCCUUUUUUGAGAUCCUGACCUGUUUAUUCACCAUCCUGACUCCACGUGCGUCCCUCUGACCUCACACCCAGAAAUCUAGCUUCCUCAUUGAGUCGUUCAAGUUUGAACAGCAUGAGCAAGCACGGAGCCAGGCACAGCUCCUAAAAAAAUACCUUUCGUGUGUCCCCCAGCAGUGUGUGUAAACAAUAUUUGGCCUGGAAUGCUAAGACUCUGCGUUUGCUGAUCUUUGAUCUAUACAUUUGUGAACUUCACAGUAAAUAAAUAAAUGAACUCAAAUUUGUUUUCUCUUGUGUUUUUCAGAAAAAUGAUCCAGAUGCCGAGCUAUGGAUAGUAAGUCACAUAUAGAGAUCUAAUUAUUUGCAGGAAAAAGAAACUUAAAGGAACACUAUAGUCACCUAAAUUACUUUAGCUAAAUAAAGCAGUUUUAGUGUAUAGAUCAUUCCCCUGCAAUUGCACUGCUCAAUUCACUGUCAUUUAGGAGUUAAAUCACUUUGUUUCUGUUUAUGCAACCCUAGCCACACCUCCCCUGGCUAUGACUGACAGAGCCUGCAUGAAAAAAAACUGGUUUCACUUUCAAACAGAUGUAAUUUACCUUAAAUAAUUGUAUCUCAAUCUCUAAAUUGAACUUUAAUCACAUACAGGAGGCUCUUGCAGGGUCUAGCAAGCUAUUAACAUAGCAGGGGAUAAGAAAAUCUUAAUUAAACAGAACUUGCAAUAAAGAAAGCCUAAAUAGGGCUCUCUUUACAGGAAGUGUUUAUGGAAGGCUGUGCAAGUCACAUGCAGGGAGGUGUGACUAGGGUUCAUAAACAAAGGGAUUUAACUCCUAAAUGGCAGAGGAUUGAGCAGUGAGGCUGCAGGGGCAUGUUCUAUACACCAACACUGCUUCAUUAAGCUAAAGUUGUUCAGGUGACUAUAGUGUCCCUUUAAUAAGAAUAUUUAUUGUAAAAAAAAAAAAAAAAGUCCAACAUGAAAAUUAGUUAUUGAUUAGAAAAGCUAUUUACUUGAAGAAUGAAUAGAUUAAGAUGUGUUGUUUUUUGCUUUUUAAAUUAAAUAUCUCUUGGAGUUGUCAAUUUUGCCAUUUUUUGUUUUUUAAGAUGCAUUUACAGGAACAGUACCAUAACCAUUAUAGUGUGCUGUUGUGGUGUCAGGAGUGCACUGGUGCAAGCAGUUAAAAUAUUUGGUUUAACUUCUUGCCUGGUGUCCCUGGGCGCUGCUCUCUGCCUCUCCUUUUUCGAUUUUAAAAGCUGGGAAGUUCCUGCUUGAAGCUUCUGUUAGCUCUUGCGUGCGAAAUACAAGCAGUUAUGAGAUCACACAUUAAGAUUUUGUGACUUGAAAACCAAAUUGUAAAAUUCAGGCUAAAAUAGUCAAACUGUGAUUUGUAGUUGAGUUGGAGAACCUCUCUAAAUCAACUACUUUUGUCUGUCAUUUUGAAAUUAAAUUUGCAGUUCACUGUUUACUGACUAGACCCCAUUUUCUGCGAAUUACUAAGCAUCCCCUUAUUGUUUCCCUCCAGGCUCUGUAUCUGAUUCCUGCGUUCCUUAUUCUUCUGGUUAGUGUUAAUCCAUACAUAACAGGUAUGAUGUAAUGUUAGUGCAACCCGUGAACAAUAAUUCGCCGGAACCUUUCUUAGCUACUUGCAUUGUUAAAGUGAAGGCUCUGAGAGAUUUAUGACCGUAGCAGUCUGGCGACAUCAGCUGGAAAUAAAGGAAAUUAUUACUGUCUCUUUAAAGCGCUGUAGUGCAGGUAGAACAUUAAAGGAACACUAUAGGGUCAAUAACACAAACCUAUAUUAGUGACCUUAUAGUGUUAAAACCACCAUAUCGUCCCUUUAACUACAAGUAGAACUGGGGACUAUGCAUGUCAACUUGCAAGUCCAUAGUUCAACUUGAAUUUAAUGCUGUUUAAAGGACCUCUCCACACUAUAUAAGAAUAAAACAAAAAACACUGUUAAAUAGAUAUACCACCAAAGAAUACAUGCAUGCAUUUUUAUGCAUGUAGCCAUUGGUGGUAUAUGCUAAAAGACUUGAUAAAAAGCUGCAGUUCUUGUGACUGCAGCCUCUGCAAGCCCUUCCCUUUUCCUUGGAAGAGAACUAUCCAAUCAGAGGCUGCUCAUUCAGGGGCCUCUGUUUCUUUAAAGUCUCUGCCCACAAGUGCGCACGGCGUUGUGAGCGAACAGAGAGCUGUGUCUAAUAGUGUACGGCUCUCCUGAACUCUUGCUGCCAGUUUCCAUCUAGAAGUAUAUGUUUAUUUAUAAAAUAUUUUACCAGGAUGGAUACAUUGAGAUAUCUCUCAUUUUUAAGUAUGUCCUGGAGAAUGUUCACAUGCGCGAAGGUGUGGAUUCGCAGUCAUUCUAUUUGAAUGGAGGGCAUUACAGAUGAAAUUUAAAUGCUGUGCGAGUUAGGCGUGCUGUACAAGAGCGCGCCACCGGCACAGUGAAGAAGGAGGAAGUAAAACUCCCCUGCUGUUUGAUUAACAGCUUGUGGGUGGGGGUUCAAACUAUCUCUAUAAAAGUGCUGCUUUCUCAAUGAAAUCUGAACCUUUACAAACUGGGCUUUAAAUAGUAUAAGCCAUAAAAAUAAAGCACUUCAGCAAGCUUUAUGGGUGUUGAGUGGUCCUUUAACCCCUUAAGGACCAAACUUCUGGAAUAAAAGGGAAUCAUGACAUGUCACACAUGUCAUGUGUCCUUAAGGGGUUAAAUGUUUACCUGCAAUGCCACUAAUAGCCACUGGGGGCAGAAUACACAUUUCUGUAUUUAAUAGUGUUCACUAAACUGUGACUUGUCGGGACUUUACCAGAGGAAUUGCAGAUUUAACCCCUUAAGGACACAUGACAUGUGUGACAUGUCAUGAUUCCCUUUUAUUCCAGAAGUUUGGGCCUUAAGGGGUUAAAAGAACACUCCAAGCCCGCUAUAGUACUUUGCUAACUCCUUAAUCAAGCUUAUGCUUUCAAACCGUUUUAACAUGGUUGGGCAGUUACUGGAUCCCACUGCUACAUCUCGUCUUCUCGAGCUGCAGAAGACGGAUUCCUGGUAGUCGUAGUGAAAAAACAACAUCUAGCUUUUCAGCUCUAAGAAGACUAAAUAAAGCGCGGGUGUCAGUCGUAACCCAGAAAAGUGUCAAACUGUGCUAAAAAGGUGUGACGGAUUUUGCUGGUACCAUAACCACUACAUGAGGUUGUAGAGUUGUUUUUCUAUGUGUCAUAUAUUUCGUGACCUCCUUUAUUAAAGGGACACUAUAGUACCAAGAACAACUACAGUUUAAUGUAUUUGUUCUGGUAAGUAUAGUCAGAAAAGGCAGUGUUUACAUUAUAGCAUAGGGACACCCCCAGUGCUACUAAAGGUGCUCCCUGGGGCAGUGCUGCACGGUGUGACUGACAUUCAUUGUCUCCACCCUCUGCAUGGAGACACUGAACUUUCCUCAUAGAGAUGCAUUGAUUCAAUGCAUCUCUAUGAGGAGAUGCUGAUUGGCCGGAUGGCGUUUUGCUCCGCCUCCUUGACUGAGAUCGGAAUUGACCAUCUCAGCCAAUCCAUGCUUUUCUAUGGGACAGCAUUGUGAUUGGCUGAGAUUAUCACUUCUGAUAAUUUCAGCCAAGGAGGCAGAUUAGGGGUGGAGCCCUAUACUAGCAGAUUGGAAUAAAGGCAAGAUUGCUAGGUUCCCAAAACAUUUUGUCCAUUUAUUCAUCCCCAUAUUGAUGGAUUAGUCAAGCCUGCCUCUGAUCUUAAAUAUUCUUCAUUUUCUAAGGUCAUGUAAUCUGGAGUACACUGGCAGAUCUUCAUACUGUAAUUUGUGUAAGUGGUGCUGGUUAUCUUUUGGGACAGUUGUAUCUUUACAGAAGAAAAAGCAUAUUGCACGAGGAGGAAGGCAGGUACGAUUUGCACAACUUAAAUGUCUAGCUAAAACAUACUGGCUAAAAUAUAUCUAAAUAAUAUAUCACUCAUCACAAUAGCAUAUCUCACAAUUGUUGUAUAGAGAGAUCAGAAUUAAAUCACUUUUGUUUCUGUUUAUGCCACCAUAUACACUCUUCCCCUGGCUGUGACUGAUACAGCCUGCAUUAAAAAAAAGGUUUUGUUUUCAAUCAGACCUUAACCUACUUUAGAAAUUUCUAUCUCAUGCUUUGUAAAUUGACUUUUAAUCACACAUGGUGACUGCGGAUCUAGCAGGUUAUUAACAGUGCAGGAGAUAAGAAAUUCUAAAUUAAACAGCCUGUGCAAUAAAUGAAGAUUAAACAUUACAACAAAGUGAUUUAAUUCGUAAAUGGCAAAUAAUUGAGCAGUGAGAUUGCAGGGGCAUGGUCUAUACACCAAAACUACUUCAUUAAGCCAACAUUGUUUAAGUUGCUAUAGUAUUCCCUUAAAGAUCCAAGUAGGGAGAGCCUACCGAACCUGAAGUUUAUACGCUAGUAACAAUGUUUGUAAUGCUUUGCUUAUGAUAUGAUAGUGUUAUGCUCAGCAGAAUAUACCCAGCAACUAAAUGUUACAAUGGGGAACUAUUGCCAUAAGAUCAUUGUGGAAUUAUUCUGUCUCCAUAGAGAAUUAUCUGGACUAAUGAUAAUUGCAGCUUGGCUGCUACUUUGUAGGAAAUCCGAAAAGUAAGUUUUAAACUAUUUUAUUUUCUCUUUUAUGACUAUUCUUUCCUUUUCUGAAAAAAUAAAUAAAAUAAAUCACCAAUAUUGUGUAUUUCGUGUCAUAUGUUCUUCUUUGUUUCAAACAGAUCGUCUGUCGGAGGAUUCAGACUAUACAUUGCUGUUGCCAUUUCAAUGUUUCCGUUCAUAGCCUGGCUCUAUAUUUAUAUCGACAAGGAGAUGAGGACAUCAUGGCCACAGCAUUGCAAAACAGUCCUAUAAACAUUACGGUAAAUCAAUGCGGUCUUUUCAUAAGAAUCUUGAGACUGGGAUUUUUCGUAAAUUCGGUAAUCUGUAAUUGGAUUCAGGCCGUCCAAUCUGGUGAUUGAGACAUGGACUAGGUGAAGACUCACCUCUGGUGUUCCAAAUACGAGGAGACUAUCAAUUCAAAGUAACUGAUUAAUAUUCAAAAGGUUACAACAAAACAAAAAAGUGUGUGUGUUAUUAAAUAUUUAGAUGAAAAUGUGCGCUCAUCAAAAGCAAAUAUACAUUAAGCAUAUCACCCAACAGCUGGUUCAAAUCAUGCCCAGGAACUCCACGUUUGCUGCAGUCUAUCUUCCUGUUUGGAGGUCGACAUGGGGCGGGAACGGAGACAAAAACAAAGUGUUGGCAAAAUUUACUCGUAUUCAAAUACAUUUUAUCACAUGUUAUAUUCUGAAAUGCAGCCGCCAUGUGUCACAGUGGGGUGAAAUUCUGUAUCUUUAUUUCUCCCCGUUUUCAUGACAUAACAGAAUUUUCAGACAAGGUCCAGAUAUAAGUUGGCGGUGGUAAAUAUGUUUUCAGUUGUUUAUGUUGUAGAGAACUGAAAAUGUUCACAAGGUCUAGCAUUGUUUUUUUAAGGCAACAACAGGUGAAGUAAGAUCAAUACUGCUGAGGGCAUUUAUAAAUACAGUGCUUACAUUUAGCAUCUUUCUUUGAAAGUGUUACUCCAAGAACCAUAACCACUUCAGUUAUUUGAAGUGGUCAUGGUACCUGGAGUAUGUAUUCAAUGUUUUGCUUUAAAAUGCUGCACAUACCGAGAUAAACCCCUAUGGGGAAUUACAUUUAGGAAAAAAACUCCUUAAAAGAACAGAUUGUGCAUCAUGCUUGUGCAAACUAUCAACUUAUCCUAUGCUUUUUAAAAAACUUGUGCAGGAUACUUGACACGAUACAUACGUCCUUAAUAAUGUCUGAGUAACCUGACAUGAUACACAACACUUUUAAAGAAUGCCAGUUGCCUAGCACGACAUAUGCUACAUUGGAAGAGGGCGAGUUGCAUUCCAUGUUAUAUAUAUCCACUGUCUACGUUUUCUCUCAACAAAAUUGUGCUGUAUACUAAUUGGUCAUGUUUUGAUUGUUAUGCCUGUUACCGCUUACAAUGGCUAUCGUGGCUGAGUAAGCAUAUUGUUAUCUCAUGCACAACAGAAAAUAAAGAAUUAAAAAAAAAAAAAAAACAGUUUGUGACAAAAUAGGUUUGUUUUGUUUUAACAUUAAAUUGAUCUUCUCUUUAUUCAGUAUCUAUAUAAAUGAAAAACAAGUAACACUAUUGAUAGAGCAACAGUAAUAAAAUUAGAAACUGUGCAUUUUAAAAAAAACGGGGCACGAGAGAGUCAUGUCACGUGCCUGAUGAAACCAAAAAAAUUUGUGUCCCUCUACGCUUUGUCAACAGUACAAUGCUGUGCAAUUAAAACCCUUAAAGGACCACUAUAUUGAGAGGAAAACAGACUAAUUUUCCUGGCCUUAUAGUGUUAAUAGGUCCCUCCCACCCUCAUGGCCCCCCUCCCGCCAGACACAAGAGGGUUAAGGGGUUAAACGCUUACCUUUCUCCAGCGCCAGGCUCCCUCGGCGCUGGGGACUCUACUCCUUCUUCCGACGUCAUCCGCAGAAUGUGCAUGCGAGGCAAGAACCACACGCGCAUUCAAUUAGUUUUCAAUGCUUUCCUAUGGACGUCGGCGUCUUCUCAGAAGCGCCUCUAGCGGCUGUCAAUGAGACAGCCACUAAUGGCUGGAUUAACCCUAAUAUAAACAUAGCAGUUUCUCUGAAACUGCUAUGUUUACAGUUGCAGGGUUAACCCUAGAUGGACCUGGCACCCAGACCACUUUAUUAAGCUGAAGUGGUCUGGGUGCCUAUAGUGGUCCUGUAAUAUAGCCCAGGUCGAAACCUUCUCUCUAGGUGGGAAUUAAAUAAUUUUAUUGCAAAACAGGAGAUUUCAUAUUUGCUUUACCUCCUUUACUGAAUCCUCCCAGCAGCAAAGAAAUAGUUAAACAGUUUGAACAAAAAACAACCAAUUAAAAUACAUCUAAUAAGUAAUACAUGGCUGCGAGACUCCUCCCAACUCCUCUUUUUUUGCUGCUUGCUUCCCAGGUGUGUCCAUUCUAAUUAUACAAGCCUUUGACUAUAGGUUUAUGUAUAUUUAUAUGUUUUUUUCUAAUACACUUUACACUUUAAUUGUCUCUUUUAUUUUAUUACCUCUAUAUCUUGUUUAUAUUUUGGCUUAUUUUUCUUUAUAUCGUUUGUUUACUGGGUCUCUACCCUCGGGGCCGACCUAUGUCGGCCCACAGGGCCUUGGUCCUCACUUUGGGAUCCCCACAGCAUUCCCUGUGUUACCCACUGUGUGUUUGUCCUACUCCACUAUUACUGCCCAUGGUCUUUUGCUGACCACGAUCUGGCCGCGGCUGUGUUUCUGAGUUGCUAUUUGCUCUCUCUCUCAGAAGAAUAUUGCCGCGAUCUGUUUGCAGCUUCAUUUUUUCCUUUCCUGCGCUUAUUCUGCCUGUCUUGCACCGAGGACAUAGUGUUUUGGUGGUUAUUUAGCUAUUCCUACUGGUUCCAAGGUAGGUUCUAUAAUUUCAUUAUUAUUUUUUUGUUUAUAUCUUAUUUUAUACAGUUAUUCUAAGCACCUCUCUCUCUGUUUCCCCCACUGACAAGUUCAGACAACUUGCUCGAUAAUGGUGUUUCCUCCUGCAAUAUCUGUUACCAUCAUUAUUAGAUGCAAACAAUAAAUCUGCCACAAGGGUGACCCCCUUGAUUAUAACAGGUGACCCCUGAUUUUUUGCUACAGCGGUACAUUGGUUUCCGCUUGUUUGCUUCUGCAUCUUUUAAUUGGUAUUAUUUUUAAAUAAAUACUGUGGGUGGCCCCCACUUAUUACUACACUUUAGGUAACCUCCAUUUUCCCACUUGGGUGACCCCUAGCUUGACUUCAAAGGGUGACCCCCUUUUACACAUGGGUGACCCCCAGUUAUUAUCACAGGGUGACCGCCUGUUGUAUCACCAAUUCUACUUCAAUUGUUAAUUAGUUUCAUCACUUUAGCCAAAUGUCUGAACAACCAGACUUUGCUGUUUCUGCUGAGCUCAAAUUGUGACUCUCCAUCAUCUGCAUCGGCUUCAUGGGCCCAUCAUGUUGGAUCUGUUUGCCUCCAGACUGAACCGUCAGACAGACGCCUUCUACAGUUGGCUACUGGACCCGAUGUCUCAAGCCGUUGACGCCUUCCUGCAACCUUGGCCGUCGACGGGAGCUUAUGCGUUUCCACCUUUUUCCAUGAUUCCUCACACUCUCUCCAUCGCCUCAGGGUUCUGGGAGUCACGGUCCUGUUAAUAACUCCUCUCUGGAGAGCCCAACCUUGGUAUCCCAAUGUCUUAGAAAUGUCCACAGAUUACCCUCUGCUUCUGCCUCUGGAUCUUCUCCGAGCUCCAUAGGGACCUCCUUUUUGUGUCCUAUGUUCGUCCUCCUAAUCCUCUGUCCUGUCCCACGAUUGCUUGGUGGAUCAGGUGGCUCCUCCGCCUUGCAGGUCUUGAGGCCUCCUUUGGCGCCGCUUCGGUGUCUUUAUCGCGGGGAGUUCCCUUUCGGACAUUUUAGCCUCUGCAGAUUGGUCAACGGAAUCUACCUUCCGUACCUUCUAUUUCCGGCCUCAAUCUAAUUCGGGUUUUCAUUUACUCUUAGCAAAAAACAGCAAAUAUAAAGGGGGGCAUGGACUAGCUGAGAACGAGUGCGGACGUGUAAACCCUGAGCUCCUGCGACCGGCGGUGUUUACAGCGUGAUAACACAGCAUUCAGCCCCUAAGCACAGCACCACAAGUAGGUACUAACCCAGCAAGGCUGAUGGCAGCAAAAUCGUGCAAAAAAACAUAAAACAGCGCUCGAUCCAGAUGCAUUUAACACACUCACAUGAAUUUGGGCCUGAAACCCAAGAUGGCGCUAAUGGCGCCAGAUCACCAGCCUCGUGUUCAAACACGCAGUGCCUCAGACCUCACCCAGGCGGUCACAAACGCUACACUACAAGCAAUGGUGGUUGAUUUAAAAUCCACUUUCCACACAGACCUGCUACAAGUGGCAUCUGACAUCAGAGCGGAUAUACAAUCCCUGGGCGACCGGACGGCGCACCUAGAAGAAAGAGCAGAAGAGAUUGUGGAUGCUCACAAUAAUUUAGCAUUAAGCUUACACUUCCCUGGAGAAUAAGUUCAAAGCCUUAGAAGAGAAAGUUGCAGAUCAUGAAGACCAGGACCGGCGCACUAAUGUGCGGAUAAGGGGAAUCCCGCAAUCCGUGAUGCCUUGUGAGUUGACCGCAUAUGUACAAGAUUUAUUCCAGUCUUAUAUACUGGCCCUAACAGAUGCGGACAUUUUAUUAGACCUCACACACCAACUGCCCAGACCCAGGCAUCUGGUAACCACUGUCCCUGGAGACGUCAUCACUAAAUUUCAUUAUUUACUUUCAAGGACGGGAUCAUGCAGGCUUCCAGGAGUAACACACCAUCUCCAGGCCCGUUCGAACAUAUUAAGCUAUUCAUAGAUUUAUCCUGAGCUACAAUGACCAAACGGAAAACCUUUUGCCCCAUCACAGCAGCUUUAAGAUAGGCUACAACCGAUAAGACCAUACUCUCCCUUGAUGGCGGCAGAAAAUUACUCAUAGAAUGGAAUAUACCAGUACAAGCUGCUGAUAAACCUGCUUCCAAUGGACACUCUCCUGUUAAACUUAACCGGGACUGGUCCAAGAUCACCCACAUCAAACACCACAUAACAUCCUGAUUACCGGGUGCUGGGUAACUGCUCUAAAUGCCCUUGCGCAAUAUGCAGGGCUGUACUGUUUCUCUCCCUUCUCUCCCCUUUCCAUUUUAUUAUUAUUGUGUUCCUUUGGAAGGGUUGAGGAGGGGGGAUGGGACGGAGGGGGCAGGUGGGAACAUAACUGAUUUGCCCUAUAUUGUGGUAGACUCCAGUUUACAACAUAUGGGUUGUUUUGAAAACCAUCAUUAAUAACACCACGGUCGGGGACCAAUGUCCUCUAUACGACAGAUGGCUUUUACUUAUGGCCAAAGCAUACCACUGGCCGUACACCCCAGGGGUUGCUUUGGGAACAAGCCACACAUGUUACCGUUACUUGACAUGCCGACACUAGUCAACAAACUGUUUUGUGUAUAUAGUUGUUUUUUUAAUUUGAGUUCUUUACUUUUAUGGUCAAUGCAAGAAAGUUGCCUUCCUUUCUCCUGGUCUGAGUACUUGAUGCUGUCCACUGAGGUGUGGAGGUCCAGCCCUACGACAACCACACACCAGUUGCCCUUCCGCAUUCAGCAACCUGAUAUACCAUGGUAUUGAAACUUUUCUCGCUAAAUGCAUUAGGGCUCAAUUCGCCCAAUAAACGGCAACUGGUGCUGGAGGAGGCCAGAUCCCAAAAUGCACAUAUAGCCUUUUACCAAGAAGCUCAUUUCAAGUGGGGCCAUCGACCCAAAUUUACUUCCAAAUAUUUUUCUGUUGAUUUCCACUCCUGCUAUACUACUAAAAAAAGAGGGGUAUCUAUUCUAAUCAGUAAAGAGGUUACAUUCUCCCUAGUCAGGAAAAUCAGCGAUAAAAAAGGAGGUAUUUAAUUCUGCAAUGUUAUGUCAACAAUAACCCUUUCACUUUUAUUAAUGUUUAUAGCCCUAAUGAAAACCAACUUGAAUUUAUGGAUAAUGUUUUUGCAUUGGCUGGUGAUCAUGGCCCAUUCUUUCAGGGAGGUGAUUACUGGAGGCGACACCAAUUUUUUACUGGAUGCUGACUUAGACUCUUCCCAGCAUAAAGACAUACUGGCCCACACACGGAAGCACAGAAACGUUCAGUCCUCCCGCAUCCGCCAUACCUUGAUGCCCCACAAUUUCAUUCAGCCAUGGAGGCUGUCCCAUCCACUAGAGAAAGAUUACUCCUGUUACACAGCAGCACACAGAAGCUAUUCUAGGAUUGACAGAUUCCUGAUCCCCGCCACCUCCUUCCCACAGGUACAAGACACGCAGAUUGGCUGUGAUGGUCAUACCAUGCCCCAAUCACAUUGCUGAAAGAGCAAUUUAACAACCAGAGCCAAGGUAGUUGGUGUUUAAAUGAGCGCCUCCUCACAGACCCAGCUAUUGUGGCACAGGUAGAACAAGACCUACGCAAUUACUUCCUGGAAAACAAAACACCUGACUCCUCAGCUGAUACCAUUUGACUGGCGCACAAGGCGUUUAUUAGAGGCAGUUUUAUCAAACAUGCCAGUUACGCUAAGAAAAAGUGCCUAGAAAAAUAUACAGCCAUACUCACGGAACUGACCACAUUGACACACUCCAACAAACAUAAUCCAACCCCUUCUAGUCAUUCCAGAAUAUUGGAACUACAGUUACAACUCAGAGACCUAGAAUUCUCUAAGACAACCUAUAUUCUGAGAAAACUGAAACAUAACUUCUUUGCAAUAGGGCGGGAGCCAAAUUGGCAGCCCAACUUAAAAAGAGAUCAGUCGCUUCCAGGAUCGCCUACCUCGAACACCCGCAAGGGUUCGUAUACUAGACCCUAACGGCAUAGCAAACGAGUUUGCUACCUACUACGAAUUCUUUCUGACUUGCACCUACCGACACUACUACAAGAAGACAUAACAUACCUCACUAGGCCCUUCACUAUAGAAGAAGUGUCAGCAAUAAUAACCUCACUCCCAGCCCAUAAAACCCCAGGCCCAGACGGUCUCUCUAAUGUAUACUAUCGCACUUUUUCUCAAAUACUCUCCCCACACCUCCUGGCUCUUUCUAACACCGUGCAGCCCAGGGAUCCCUACCAAAGGAAAUGUUGUUGGCCCAUAUCUCAACAUUACCCAAACCAAGGAAGGCCACAACGGCAUGUAAAAACUUUAGACCAAUAUCCCUGCUUAAUUGUAAUGCAAAGAUAUAUGCAAAACUUCUUAGCAACCGGCUAGCUCCUCUCCUGCCGAAUCUACAACACAAAGACCAGACAGGAUUUGUGAGGGGCCGACAGGGCUCACACAAUUCCAGGAGGGUCUUGGACAUCCUGGCGGAGAUAGAAAGGGGGGGUGCCGGAGGCCAUUUCCUAGCACUCGAUGCGGAGAAGGCCUUCGACAGACUGAAUUGGCAAUAUAUGAAAUCAGUUCUCACCAAGUUUUAAUUUCCCUGAACAGGUUAGCACCCAAAUUAUGGCAUUGUACACUGCCCCAGCCACUGGAGUUUCCUACAGUGGCUUUCUGUCCGACUCAUUUCUGAUCACUAAUGGGACCCGGCAGGGCUGCCCUCUUUCCCCCCUGCUAUACAUUCUGUCCCUUGAUCCCUUAGCACACAAAAUACGUAAUCACAGGCACAUCCACGGGGUGCAGAUGAAAGGACAGGACUGCCGACUUGCCCUCUUUGCAGGUGAUAUCUUUAUAGCCUUAUCAGACCCUAUGUCAGCUUUACCCCAUCUUCUGUCACUACUAAGGGAGUUCGGAGACAUAUCGCACUACAAACUGAACCACCCAUUGGGCUCACACAGAAGUCGGUGUCCAGACUGAAGGAGUCCUACCCCUUUGAUUGGAGGACAUCCUCCCUUACAUCUCUGGGAAUCAAAAUUACUCCCUCCUUAGCGGGCAUUGUAAAACAUAACUACACUCCCUUAAUUCAGCUGUGCAAAAAUGAUACUCAAAGAUGUAAAACUGCAAAUCUCUCCUGGCUGGGUAAAAUUACUUCCUUUAAAAUGAUGACCCUCCCGUGCCUAUUACAUGUCUUUUGCAUGCUGCCAAUUACAAUCACAAGUUCAUGGUGUAAGGUCCUACAGUUGGUUUGCAGUUCAUUUAUUUGGGGUGGUAAGAGACCAAGAUUAUUACUCGCUCUAUUGCAGAAAUCUCCUGCUAUGGGUGGGGUGGGCCUACCAAACAUAAGACUAUAUAUCUUCAAGCUUCUCUACUAGCCACGAGCAUUGCUUUUCAUGCCCCGAGUGGACAGAUACAAUGGGUAGAUCUAGAGGGGGCUUACUUUACGAACCAAUCCAUGACUGACUAUAUGUGGACCCCAAAAUCCCUUCGUAACCUGGAACGAGACUUGCUCCCCACUAAAGAACUAACCUUAAGAGUAUGGAAUGACUUCCUAACCAAGCUGGGCUACAGGGAUAAGAUUCAUCCUAAGGCACCGAUAGCCGUGAUUUAAAACCAUAUCCCCAGUGGGUUCCCUAGACAGUUGGAAAAAAUUAGGUAUCACACAGAUAUACCAUUUACUAGAGGGACGAACUAUGAAAACGUUCCACGACUUGAAGGUUUGGGGACUCACUGAGCGUGACACCUUUCUUUACCUACAGGUGCGAAGCAUUAUAGUAUCUCAUGUUCCUACAGGUGCCACCACUAUGACCGACCCUUCGCCCUUAAACCCCCAACUGGUGUUGCAGAGGUGUCUAGCUGCCCAGACUAAACCAAAGGCUCUGUCCCUCUGUUAUAAAGCUGGACUAGAAUUACAACCUGGAAGACCGGUGCCUUGUAGAUCCCACUGGGAGAGGGUUAGUGGAUGAUUAUUAACAGAGGCUAGAUGGCUUCGGGCACUUAACCACUUAUGAAAGUGGACUAAAUGUUAUCCCCAUAUUGAGGCGCAUAGGAAACUCUUCUACCGUUGGUAUAUGAUACCCCACAUACUAAACAAAAUAUUCAGCGGUGCCCACGAAACGUUGGAGAUGCAUGGGGGAGGAGGGGAGCUUGCUCCACGUGUGGUGAAAAUGCACUGGGAUACGUCCACUAUGGACGGAAGUCCAAUCAUUACUGGAGAAAUUAGGAGUGCAUGGGUUCCCGAUGACUGUCUCUACUUGUCUUCGACUGUUAUUUGACAGUGACGUCCACUAUUCCUGCCACCAGAUGGUGGCCCUCACCAUACUUAGUGCUAGGAGUUUGUAAGUUUGGCAAUCUGCCAGUCCCACCAUACUUUCACAAAUGUUCUUCUCUUUCUAGUGUGAAACUAUCUUCGUACUCUUCACGACAUCCUGGAUUUGUGGAUCUACUGGUUCGACUACCUUUCGUUUACAUGGCUGGCUAUGGCUCUUUGAAGAUUAUUAG